AUGCCUCUUGUAGGAGGUUAUGUGGCUGAUGCACAUCUCGGUCGUUACAAGACUAUUCAUGUUGCUAUCGUCAUCGGUAUCGUCGCUCACAUAAUUCUCGUGGCUGCGUCUGCACCCGACGUGAUUAUCCACAAGACUAGCGCCACUGCCGCAUUCAUCAUCGGUCUUCUCACACUGUGUGUUGGUACUGGUUUCUUCAAGGCCAACAUCUCUCCACUGCUUGCUGAGCAGAACACUGAUCUUCGGAUGCGUGUCGAGACGCUUGCAACUGGAGAAAGAGUGAUUGUUGACCCAGCAGUGACCAAUUCAAGAAUAUUUUUGUGGUUCUACUUCUGUGUCAACAUUGGCUCCUUGACUGGACAGAUUUCUAUGGUCUAUGUCGAGAAAUUUGUGGGCUUCUGUGGGUUUGAAAGAUAUACAGUUCAGUGA